AUGACGGAGGAUUGGUACAGGACACAGGACAGUGUACAGCAGGCAUUGACUGGUCUUCAGAGUUUCAUUAACCAGGGUAGGCAGGAGGUUAGCAAGAGCUUAAAGAGCCAGGAAGACAUCGCAGUUACCGAGAGGCUAGCUAGCGCAAUUACAGUAGGAUCGAUCUUUCUAGCCGACCAGAUAGAAGCUGGCGGUCAUGUUCUGACGCAGAAUAUUAGCAAGAAGGGCGCGGUUUGGAGGGAGAGGAGCAGAUUGAAGAAGGAGGUCAGGAUUGCUCCUGCUCUUCUAGGGGGUGUGACCACGGCUGCAAAUUGGAGUGGCAAGAUUGAGGACGUUGCGGAAGGGUUCAAGGGUCACGUGCAAGGGGUGAAGAAGGCCGUGGCGGCAAACAUUGGAAGAGUGGCUCAGGAGACGGGCCACACAGAGAGGCUUCCUCGCGAGAUCGUUGGUCUCGGCUCCAUGACCGUCGCCUCUUUCGACGCCUUCGCGCGUGUGCGGGAUGCGGCCGAAGAUGCGGCUCGAGAGGUCCUGACUGAGGGCAGUACUGUGGCGUCUGACGUCGUCGCUCUCAGGUAUGGCCAGCAGGCUGGCGCUCUGGCGAAGGAGUGCUUCGAAGGAGUGGGAAACAUAGUGGAUGCUGCGAUUGCUGUUGAUAAUGUGAUCUGGAAGCUACAGCCCGAGGUCUUCGCCAUCUCCUUCACAAAGAAGACGAUGAGGCACGUGGUUGGAAGCCAUCUUGCUAGGAUCUGUGCUGAAGAAUACGACUGCUUUGCUAUUGGAUCCACCUAGUGUAGACAAUACCACACUGUAGUUGCAUCAAAAGUGUAGUUGCAUUAGUUCAAGUUGAAAGUCUAGGUUUACUUUCGAGUAUGUUCGUCGAUAGGAGUGCGUUUGUAGCUAGUCAGUAGAGAGCGAGAGAAUUUGGAACACCUUGGAGAUUCUUCAGUUGGCCCAAGUUUACCGUACUAAGAACGACACGUAUGGCACGUGACAAGCCUGGGAGAUUGGCGCAAUGCUUUUACUAAGAUUUCUCUAUGUUAUGGAU